CGAGAAGCGCCCUCCCAGCCAAUGAGGUGGCGUCCAAUUGGACAAUUGCGCCCUUUGAGCCUUAAAAUCCGACCUCCUCCGCAAACAUCGCCGAGCCUAAUUUUUUUGCGAGACUUCCGAACAGACGGCCUCGAUCCUCCAAUCACACGCAGCAUAAACACAGCAUCUCACAGCAUCAGCCAUGUCGACGGCGAGAAUAUUCACACGCAGCCUGAUGGCCAUGCGACCGGCCGUUCGCCAAUUGCCCAUCUGCAGAUCCUCCUUCUCCUCGUCCCUGACAUCAACUCCCCAGAGCUGGUCGCGCGCUGCUCGCCUUGCACAGUCCACACGAUCCUUCACAACGACAUUGCACCGUCAGCAUGGUCAUAUUGAGCCUCCCAAGGCUGGAGAAGAGCUGUACAUUACAUUCAUCGACAAGGACGGAGAGGAAUAUAAGUUUGCUGUCAAGGCUGGCGACAACCUGCUGGAUAUUGCGCAGGCUAACGACCUCGAAAUGGAGGGCGCUUGCGGCGGCUCUUGCGCCUGCUCGACCUGCCAUGUUAUCGUCACCGACGAGGGCCUUUACGACCAGAUGCCCGAGCCCGACGACGACGAGAACGAUAUGCUGGAUCUUGCCUUUGGCCUGACUGAGACGAGUCGUCUGGGAUGCCAGGUCAAGAUGACCAAGGAAUUGGACGGCCUUGUUGUCAAGCUGCCCUCCAUGACCCGAAACCUGCAGGCCAGCGACUUCCAGUAACAGCCUACACUGAGGCGUAGCCCCAAAUUAAAACACCACGGAAGCUCCAGCUACAUAAUUGGAGACUACCCCCUUGUACAAUUACAUGAUAAUAGAGAUGACAGGUUGGGAUCUAUAGGCACACAGUGGCCUGGCGACAGCAUUUGGACGUCGUUUUUGUUAUUUAUUAGCGCGCAGAAACCUGGCCCGCGCUGCUUCUACACUUGAAAGGAAACAAAAAGUUCUUUUUAACAAUUAUUCAUAAAGUAAAACAAGAAAACGCCAUUCUCACUGCUAUUUAUGUACAAACGUCAUGUGUCCAUGUAUUUUUCACAAAAAGUAUGCCAGCUCCGUCGUUUAUGCUUCUUCCAAGCCGCUCUUCUUAAGACCGCCGCCUCCUGAUGCAAUGAGAUCCAAGAAGCCCUUCUUGGUCAUCUCGUUGACCUUUUCUGUUCUUGUGCCCAUGCCGAGAACACCGUCUCGCUUUGUGUUCUUCUCCGCCUCGGCGCUCUUGACCUGUGCCGCACGCACGGCGUUAAACAUCUUGACAACACCACGUUGGGCAACUUUGCGUAGUCUGCCCUCCAAAGCAAGGAUGUCUCCUGUUGUCAUGUCGGGUUCGCCAGUGGUUUCUGAGUUGGAUGCAACGAGCACAUCCUUGACGCGGCCCUUCUCCAUGGCUUUGCGCUUCAUGUCGCGAAGGUGACGCUUGGCCUUGGCUUCGAGAGCGCUGUCAACAGCAGCCUUGGAAGCCUCGUGUGCUUCCGCAUUUCUCGCCAACACGGGAUCUGAUCGCUUCGAGUUUGACAGUUUGGUCGACAAAAUCUUGGAAAGCGAGGUGGCAAAAGCAGUAGGGUCGUUGCGCUUCUUGGGUUUUCUGUCGUCAUCACCGACACCAUAUUCGUCGUCGCCAACAGAUUCAUCGGUGUCAUCGUUUAUGUCGAAUUCAUCUCCCUCCAUAUCCUCAUCAUCAUCGUCCUCCUCUUCGUCGUCUUCAUCGUCGUCCUCGUCUUUGGCAGCUUCCUUGGCAGGCUUCUUGGUCAACUUCAUUGUCAUCUUUGCCUUUGCGGGAGCUUUCGAUUUGCUGGUGGGUUUGGUUUCGGGCUCGGAAUCAGAAUCCGAAAAGCUAUCGCCAUCCUCAUCUGCACCAACAUCAUCUACUCGCGCAUUGUGAAUAUCAUCGUCUGAGUCGAGUAGGUUGACGCCUUCAAAGUCUUCGGCCUGCUCUUCCUGCUGCGGCUCCUCCUCUGAGUCGCUGUUGUAAACUUGUUGCUUUUUUUGCUUUUUGUACGGAACUUUGCUGCGUCCGGUAUGAGAUCUCUUUUUGUUUCCAGGGCCAGCCAUUGUAAAAAAUUGUCAAUGCGCUGUGUAAUGCUGUGGUUCUUGCUGUUGAUGGGCUGGAGUACAAAAAAAUGUAAAAAGUUUCGAUUUUGCCGCCUUUGGGUGAGUCUGGGCGGG